AGCAGAACUCGACCUAUGACCGGCCCUGAUACUCCACUGUCCGCUCACACAGCGGACUGACUGACGGGACGCCAACACAACAACACACACCCGGAAAACACCCGCCGUUCAUCAUGGAGCGAAAAGUGGCGAAGGAAUUUCGGCAUAAGGUGGAGCUGCUGAUUGAUAAUGAAGCAGAGAAGGACUAUCUAUAUGAUGUUCUCCGCAUGUACCACCAAUCCAUGGACAUUCCUGUCCUGGUCGGCGACCUGAAGCUGGUAAUAAAUGAGCCCAAACGCCUUCCACUGUUUGAUGCCAUCAGACCCCUGAUUCCUCUGAAGCACCAGGUGCAGUACGACCAACUCACGCCCAAGAGAUCCAGGAAGUUGAAGGAAGUCCGUCUGGACCGCACACAUCCUGAGGGUCUGGGUUUGAGUGUUCGAGGUGGGCUGGAGUUCGGCUGUGGCCUCUUCAUAUCACAGACAGUCAAAGAUGGACAGGCAGGAAAUGUCGGCCUGCAGAUUGGUGAUGAGAUUGUACGUAUUAAUGGCUACUCCAUCUCGUCCUGCAUUCAUGAGGAGGUCAUUAACCUCAUCAAGACCAAGAAGACUGUGUCUUUAAAAGUCCGCCAUGUGGGAAUGAUUCCUGUCAAGAGCUCCUCUGAAGACAAACUGAAGUGGCAGUUUGUGGAUCAGUUUGUGUCUGAAUCAGGGGAGAAGAAGACUAGUGUGGCUGGUUUGGCUUCGAUUGGAGGUAAAGAAAUCAAGGAAAAGAAAGUAUUCCUUAGCUUGGUGGGCACCAAAGGCAUGGGAAUCAGCAUAUCGAGUGGACCAACACAGAAACCAGGCAUCUAUGUGAGCAAUGUGAAGCCGGGUUCAGUUUCAGCUGAAGUGGGCUUACAGGUUGGCGACCAGAUUGUGGAAGUCAAUGGGGUGGAUUUCACCAACCUGAGUCAUCAAGAAGCGGUGCGAGUGUUAAAGAGCAGCAGGAGUCUAACCAUCACUGUCCUCACUGGAGCUGGAAGCGAACUGUUUAUGACGGAUGAGGAGCGGCUGGCGGCUGAAGCUCGUCGUGAGCUUGAAAGACAAGAGCUAAUGCAUCAGAAGAGAGUGGCAUUAGAGACCAACAAAAUCAUCAAAGAACAGCAGGAAAAAGAGCGCCAGAGAAAGAUGGAGAUAUCACAGAAGACUGCAGAGGAAGAAGAACGCUAUCGCAAAGAGAUGGAGAGAAUUGAAGCAGCGGAAAAGAAGCACCAUAAAGAGUGGGAAGAAGAUUGGGGCUCCAAAGAAAAAUCCAGAUCUCCUUCCCCAGCUCCUUCUCCCUCACCUCCACCACCUGCACGUAACACACCUUCACCCAAACCUAAAACCUCCACAUUCGGUUGGUUCUACCGUUAUGAAGGAAAGUUGCCUACACUCAAAAAGAAAGGAAAAGAGACAAAAAAGAAGAAGAAGAUGUCCAAGACGGACACUCUCACAGCUGAAAAAAAGAACAAGAAAGAGAUGGAGUUCGAGCUGAAACUUGCAAAGGAGAAGGAAGAGAUACUUGAGCGGGAGAAGCAGAUGAAAAUCAGCAGACUUCUGCAAGAGGUGUCAGAAACUGAGAGGGAAGAUCUGGAAGAAUCAGAGAAGGUGCAGCAUUGGGUGGAGAGGCUUUGUCAAACCAGAUUAGAGCAAAUCUCAUCAGUCGAAAAUGAUUCUCCAGAGAUGUCUCCAACCCGUUCCCCUGUGUCAACUGGUCCCACCAAUCGAAGGUUCCCUGGAGGCUUGACCUUGGCCACUACUGACCUUGAUGACAUCAACUUAGAUGAUGUGGACCAGAGUUUGCCUUUGAAAAGACUAGCCCCAACUCCACCUACAUCCAAUCAAGCUCCCCCUCCUUUACCACUCCCUCCACCCUCACCCCUUCUUUACCAGACAUCCAGUCAUCGCCUUCCAUCUCCAAGAACACAGCUCCCAAUGCAACCCAGUCCCAGACAAGCCCAAUUCAUCAAAAGCUUAUCCGAACAGGGAAGCAGGUUUGGGGACAAUGGUUACAGUCAGAGAAGGAGCUUCCACAUCACCUUUCCCAGUGUUCUCUCAUGUUUACCCAGUGCAAAGUUGAUGAGAAACACAUCUCAUUCUAGCAGGAUAUCUACCUCUAAUAAUCCACUGCAAAUAGCCCCCAGCUCUCCAAACCAGCGGAGGCAGAUCAACCCUGUCAUGUCCAAACCCGUCAUGCUACCUAGUCAGACCUCACAUAGACCCACACUUCGCUCUGAGACCAUGCAAGAUGGCAAGUAUCUGUGUAUAUAUGAUCUUUAUGACUUUGAUUCAUUGCCCCCAGAGAUGCUCAAACGGAUGGUCACGUACAACACAUCCUUUAAAUCCAGCAAGAAACAAGUAACUGUCAUCAUUAUUUUGUGUUACACCCCUCCUCUCUCUCAACACUCUGAUCCUUAA